GCUCUUGUUGAGUCCCUAAACCCAAUUGACCCCGAAUACAAAGCCAUCACAGACCCAUCUGCUUGUCUGAAAACAUCCCCAAUACCUGAAUUCCCAGGGUUAUCAAGUAUGCAACCAUCAGAAUUCAUCUUGAUCCAAGGAGACUCAGGUGGUUGCCAAGGAAUCCUUUAUCUAUCUAUUGCGGAGGAUGAACCAUCUACCACCUGCUAGUUCCUGCAUCCUGCUAUAUCAUCAUAUGAAACAUCAGUGAAGUAUCACUAUGUUCUUAUCCAUUGGGCCUCCCUUAUUGUAACAGUCCGUUUUUGACUUCCAUACUCCAUACAGAAUUCUUUAUCCUCAAAAAUAUUCUUGCUCCUUUCUUCCCAAGUUGUCCACAAAAUAGCUGCUCUUGUACAUCUCCAUGGAACCACCUACAGGCAAACAAAGAGAAGAAAAAAUAUCCCAAAUAGCAGAGACAAAAGGAGAGGAGAUUAGUAAGUGUGAAGGGGUCUCCCAGUGUGCUCUACACAGAAAGCACAUAUUAGGAGAGAUUCACUAGUUUGGUCCUUUCUUUUGCUAGUUGCCACGUGAUGAUCUUUUCCAGAAUCACUUCCUAGCAGAAAGCCUUAAUUUUGAAGGGUAUAGGGCCACACGAAACAGUUUAACAGGGAAACCAUGACUUAAAGCAAGAUUGACAACAAAGCACUGAAAAAAGAUGCACGCAAGAAAACCCUAAAAGCACAAAGCAGUCCAAACUCUGUGGUCUCUUCUUGACCUAUCCAAAAGAAGACCAUCCAAGGGUUGAAUAAAGUCUGUUGCCCCGAAUGUUAACGUAGACCACCAUCCAGGUGGUCGCCAUUGGUUUGCUGCUGGUCUUUCCCCUCAGGUUACAAGUACGAACAUAGGUCAUCUACAGAGCAGCCAACAUUUUCAGGUGACCUCAUACUCUCAUGUCAGUAGUUAUGGCAGCUUAGGAAGCCAUGGUAGCUAUAAUGACAAUGUUGGGUUGGAAGCAGCUAUGGAAGCUAUGGUGAUAAUUGUAGUAUGUAUGCAUAUUAUUCACCUGUUGGUCCAUCUGGUAUGAGCAUCAUUGCACAAGGUGAUAAUUGUAGUAUGUAUGCAUAUUAUUCACCUGUUGGUCCAUCUGGUAUGAGCAUCUGUGCACAAGGUGGAGACCCAAUCCUUGGAGCUAAUCCUGAUACUAGGCGAAGAACUUCUCAAAUCUCUCAUGGGAAUGGUCUUGGUGUCAGUUCAUCUGCAAGAAAUUUUGCGCCAAUGUCCCUAGGUGCUAGUCCUUCACACUUCACUCCUCCAAGCUCCCACAUUCAGGUUUCUGCUGGUUCUCCAAAGUAUGGUCCAAGUUCUCCAGCGAGAAGCAGUGGUUUUCAUGGUUCACCAUUGAGCAAAAUGAUGGCAGUGUCAAGGUUUAAUAGAAGAAGAAGUUGGGGAUAUCGUGGAAGUUCACAGUCUCAGGAGAGUGCAUCAUCUCCACACUCUCAAGGGUAUCACACUGAUGGUGCUAGCUGCAGUCACACUGACUGGAACUCUAGAGGACAUGGUAAUUUUCCUCAGAGUGUGCAGUCAAGUUUUAAUCCACCAAAUUGGAGACAACAAAGGGGAUGCAAUGGAGUCAACUCAGGAAAUUCCUCAACCAUUCAGAAUGUUCAAGGAUCUCUUCUGCAAAGCUCUAAUAUGCCGUUCCAACCAGCCAAAGAAACUGCUUUUGACAAGUCAGAAAACAAUUUGUCACUUCCUGCUCUUGGUGAUUGGGAUCCCAAUUAUAGGUGGAAACCGAUUUUGGACUCUCCAAGCUUAUGGCUGACAAUGAAAAGGAUCAUGUCAGCACUCAAGUCAAGGGGUCAAUGGGUUACAUGGAUCCCGAAUAUUAUAUCUCUCAGAUGUUGACAGAAAAGAGUGAUGUAUAAUUGUAUAUAGUUCUGGGGUGCUAAUGUUAGAGCUGAUAACUGGCGGGAGAGCAAUAGAUAAAGGGAGAUCGAGAGCGUUCUGAGGUGUGUGGAAGAAUUAGGAUCUGACCGCCCAAUGAUGAGUGAAGUGGUGAAAGAGAUCGAGAGCAUUCUGCAGUUGGCUGGUCUGAAUCCAAAUGUUGAUUCUGCAUCCACUUCAGAAAGUUAUGUAUGUUCUAGUCGAAGUCACACCCAACAUCCUAACAGAGACAGUAAUGAGUUCUUUGAUAAUAGUGGGGGUUACCCACCUUGCAAGGUGGAAGCACAAUGGGUUGAAGUAUUUGAUUAGGCUCUGUUUGGUGUAAAUGUAUAGAAGUACAUGCAAAUGGGCCGAGUGUCAAUCCUGGUUUUC